UGAAACUAUUCUACUAUUAUUAGGUCAGCUGUUGUUCACUGUAAAUGGAGUCGUCUUGUGCUAAUGUUGCUGGCUCAAUAAAUAGUAUCCUAGCAACCAAAGAUACGCUUGUCUUCAUAAUAAAAGUCUGUGUGCUUUGGAAGUGUAAAGUAACUCAGUUUCUAAUAUGAUCCAUCUUCUCUACAACAUAUAACAUAACUCUAUUUAAAUUUUAGAAUUAAAAAUACAAUAAUAUGUUUUUGUGGGGAAAAAUGUCAGUGGCUACUUUAGUGCCCCAAUUGUAUUAAAUCGACUACUUACGGAAUUGCCUUCAAAAGUAUUGCGUAUAUUUGGGUAUUUUUAACAGUUGAUAUAUAUGUAUCAAUUUUUAUUUAUUAAGAGUGUUUAUGUUCUAAUAAAGACAAAACUGAUCCAAUAAUGCAAAGCUGUGUAACAGACCUUUAUUUUGACAGUGCACAGUUUAUUAAUCAGGAAGUAAACUCUCGUUGUCAACAGAUUUCUGACACAACUUGCGUUUCAUAGAUCGAUAUUGACUCAGUCUAACCCACAGGAGUAAUCUCAUCAUGAGUAGAGUCUACUACAUCCUCAGUGCUGCUCUAUUUGUGUUAGCAAUUCCAGAGACCAAGACUCUGCUGCACUCCAAUGACUGUUGUGAAAGAAUAAAGAAAAUGAAUGAAACCUGUGCAAAUAGUACACUCUGCGAUCCUGGUCUCCUUAAUGUUCAAGAAAACAAUACAAACUCUUGUGUGUCAUGUGACUCACCUGAGCAAGGGAAUUCAACACUUAACAAUACAAGGAUCAGUCAAACACCAUUACCUGAACUCCCAUUUAUUGGUGGUCCAGGCGUGGCAGCCUCUGUUCUUUUAGGAACUCUGCUGAUCAGCCUGGGUCUCAUUCUCUCUGUUGCAUCAUUCUUUUACCUUAAGCGAUCAAACCGCCUCCCUGGUGUCUUCUACAGGCGCAACAAGGCUUUUAUAUUUCAACCAAGUGAGACGGCUAUCAUGAUUCCUGAAGCCACCGCUUCAGUUCGCAAACCGAGAUAUGUCAGGAGGGAGAGGCCUUCAGCAACAUCAGCAUCCAAGAGUGCCACUGUGGCAACAGGGGCAGUAACAAAGGUAUACAAUGUGUGACCCGCCUUUAUGAGCCAGAUUUUAAAACCUGGAAGUCUGUCCCUUAGCACUGUUUUUUUUUUUUUUUAUUAAAUUUUUGGUGAAAAAUCUCAGUUGCGUACAUGAGCCAGUGGUAUGUUACUGAUGUAGGCUUGCCAAUAUUUAUUUAUAUAUUUUUCAUACAGUAUAUUUAGUUUUUCUUAUUUUUAAGAGACGGUUGCACUACUAGAGUAUUUUUGAGUGUCAUACUUCAAUCGAGUAACUUGUGUCCUCGAUAAAAUUUGUAAUGUUUAUAUUUAUUAGCAUUAUUUUAAUGUGAUAUUGUACUAUUAAAUUUUGUGACAUUGUACCUAAGAUCCAAAACGAGACUUCCACAAUUUGUGAUGUUUGCACACAACUCCUCCAAACCUCAUUGCACCUAUUUGUAUUUUUUAAGCUGAGAUAAAUCCAUUUUAAUGAUUUUGAUUCUGUACCUUUUCCACAAAUCUCAUUAGCACUUGCCACAUACAUCAAUUGCUGGAAAAUAUAUUUUAUAUUUAUGUUGUAUGCAUAUCAAUACGAUAUUCAAUAUUUAUGAUUCUGGCAUGCACCAAAGAUGUUCCCAGAUAUAUAAUGAAUAAUUAAAAAUGUGCUAGGUCAAGUGGCUUGAGCAAAAUAUAAGCAAAACUGUUGUGAAAUGUCCCAAAUAGUAGUGUUAUAGUGUUUUGACCACUUUCUGUUUCCACUUUAAAAGACAAAGUGCCAUUAACUAAACGUGCUAAAGAAUGAAGAACAUCUUGAAUAUUUUUAAGUUUUUAGAUUGUAUGAUUAUAGAAGAACUUGUAUAUGAUCUGGUAAAUGUAUAUUGUUUUAGUUGAAAAGGAUAAUGCUUGGUAAAGAAAGUAAUGCACUGGUAUUUAUAUGAAGGGGUUGAAGAGCGCAAUUUUUCUUUUUCUUUUUUUAUUAUUUUGUAUUAAUUAUGUAUUGCAAGUAGUGGCCUUCACAAUGCCAUAUAUAUUUAAGAUUCUCCGUUUUAGGUUUUUCUCAUUUUUUGAAUUAUUUUUAUUUUUCUGUACCUUUUCUACAUAUUUUAGUAUAUGAAUGUUUUUUUUAUUGUAACAUUUAAAAUCUUCUGUAUUCUGUUUUAAUAUAAAGCAAGUAAUGUUUACUUAAUAAAUGUAAAUGCCACUGUUUGUGUAGGGGGUAGGUCUGUUAAAAAAUAACCAAGUAGAUUCAAGUUAUUUCUAUUGCUGUUUUUAUUGGCUGUUGUGCAGCGACUGGAAAGCAUGUCCAUAGGUUUUGUAUACAACUUAUGUUUAGAUAUCAGAUGUUGGAACUUUUUGUAUGUUGAUUUCUUGAUGUUGAGUAUUGAUCACAAAUAUUGAAUAUUUUAUGAUGUCAGUGUUUACGGAAAUAAAAUACAUUUUGAUUUAUGAUAA